UUUCAAUAAAAAGACUUUUUCCAACACAGACACAGGGUAAUACAUGACCACACGUUUCAUUAAUGUAGGGUAAUGACCUAAGUUGGACACAGGAGGGCACUGUUGCACAGGUUCGACUGUUGAUAACAGUGUGGUAAAUAUAUACGUCAAUCAUAUAAUAACCAUCUCGACUUCACGGUGGGUCUUGGGACCGGUAAAUUAUGUGAUUUAAAAUUUUUUUCACGAAGGACUCAAAGUUCUUUACUGUCAUCGUAACACGUGUUGGACAUGGGAUGAACGGUCCCGGAUCGAGUACAGGUGACACCGGGGAAGAGUUCGACAAAGUGCAGCGAAGAAGAGAAAGUGACGAUUGUGCAAGAGUGAAGAACAAGAACAAGAGCAACAAAGUUGACGUUUCUCUGUUCACGCGUUCUUUAUUUAAUGUUUUAACUUUGUUGUUUAUCGUCAGCGGCACAAAACCAAACAACAACAACAACAACAACAACAACGAUGAUGAUAAAGUGUCCAGAUGUGAAAAGAACCGGGACCAGGCACCCGGACAUGAAUGGACCGCUGAGAAGGAGGGGGGAGGAGUUAGGGGUGUGUCCUCCUCUCCUCCUAUAUGAGGAGACCUCAGCUCUGGAUCGAGCUCAGUCUUCCAGUCGACGGCUUCAGGUUUUUCUUCCACUGUCGUCACGCAGCUUGUGGACUCUCACCCCCGCCCCCCCUCCCCCCGUCGCUCAGCAUGCCGCGGUCUUUUCUUGUCAAGAAGUAUUUUUCCAACAAGAAGCCGUUCUUCAGGGACGUCCACCCGGACGGACACAUCGCUGUCGUUCCUGAGAGCUGCCCCCCCGCAGAACUUCCUGUUCAGAACAACAGUUUGAGCCUCACCUGUUAUUCAGCCAGUCCCUGCUUUGGUGAUGCGGACCCUAUGUUGGCACCACUCUCUCAUCCUGUCACCCCUGUCUCUCUGCCCCCCUCCCCGCUGAGCCCCCUGGACCUCAGCAGCUCGGCCUCCAGCAGCAGCAGCAGCAGCAGCAGUGGUGAGGAGGAGGAGGAGGACGGGGGCCGCAGCUCGGACCCCCCCAGUCCAGACAUCGUUCAGCCCAUCUACCGCUGCCUGAACUGCAGCAAGAACUACAGCAGCCUUUCUGCCCUGUCCAGCCACCAGCUGAGCCACUGCCACCAACUGCCCCCCCCCACAGAGUUGACCGCCCGCCCCGCCUUCUACUGCAAACACUGUCCCAAAGAGUACAGCAGCCUGGGGGCCCUAAAGAUGCACAUCCGCUCACACACGCUGCCCUGCGUUUGCCCCACCUGUGGCAAAGCCUUCUCCAGACCCUGGCUGCUCAGAGGACACAUACGGACCCACACAGGUGAACGUCCCUUUUCCUGUCAACACUGUAAGCGGGCGUUCGCCGACCGCUCCAACCUGCGCGCCCACCUGCAGACCCACUCCCAGGUGAAGAAGUACCGGUGCCGCUCCUGCUCCCGGACCUUCAGCCGCAUGUCUCUGCUGCAGAAACACAACGUCUCCCGGUGCUGCCCGGUGUAGACCGCCCUGCUUCCUGUACGCCUGUGAGUCGGGUCAGAACCGAAGAGACGGACCCGUCCCAGCAGUUUUGACUGAGUAGAUUCUGGUGGUCUCGGUCGGUCGUCAGCCCACUCUGGUCCAGUCCAGGGGUGUGUGUGUGUGUGUGUGUGUGUGUGUGUGUGUGUGUGUUCAUGUGAAAUCCAAGAGCAGCUGCACAUGCAGUUAAUUCCCAGGAAACUUCAUCGGUGCCGGCCGGUCCGGGACUUUGUCCCCGCUGCAGCUGCCUGGCUGUGUGUGUGUGUGUGUGUGUGUGUGUGUGUGUGUGAGGCAGCUGUCUGAACACAGUGCAGUGUCGAGGCCGGCUGCUGACAGACGUGUUAGCUGUGACCUCGGUGACAGGUGACCCUCCACUCCUCUCCACACACACACAUACCCACACUCCUGGCGUCAGGGGACCAGACGACCAGCCGACCAGACGACCAGACGACCAGCCGACCAGACGACCAGCCGACCAGUCAUUUUCUGACUGUUCUUUUUUAUCGUCUAUUUUUGGAUGAAAAUGUUACCAACAUUUUCCAGUUGUGUAUUUUUGUACCAUAUGAAAAUAAAUUCUUUUUUA